AUGCCCGCCGCAGGUGUCACCGUCGGCGGCACCUCCGACCAGACCACAGAGUCUCCUUCGAACACGCCACAGCCGUCGAAUACGAGCACCUCCGACGACAGCACUGAUAAUGACAAGGGGAGCUUGAGGCCGGGUACGGAGACCACGUCGCCACAAGAUGCAGGUGCACAGCAACCGAAGGAAGCACCCCCAGAGCUGGAUGAUUUUGGCCUGCCUAUUCGACUACGUUUGACACCCGAUCCAUUCUCUAGCGAUUCUCCUGCCGAAGAUACCCGUGCUGAGCCUGAAGAUGCAGCUGCCAGCCCUGAAGCCGAACAGCAACCCAAGAACGAUGUGGAGGAAAUCAAAGAACCCCUCCAGAAUUCGGAAAAUCCGGAGAAGCUGGACACUGGAAAUAUAGAGAAGGCGCCGGAACAAGCACCACGACCGGACAAGAAGCUGGAAUUUCAAGAAUCGGGACCAAAACCUGCGUCUACUGAGAAACCCUCUGAACCUUCCGAUCCUCCACCUCCUUAUCAACAGUCGACAUCAAAAUCACAAAAUGCCGAAAUAUCAGAAUGGUCACACAUGCGAUUGGCUCAAGCUCAUGACAAACACAACGAGAGUGAAGAGGAGGAAGAACAUGGAGAUUGGAAGGCAAUGCCUGCCCUCGGAGAAUUCGACUAUUACGAUGACUAUGGACGGCUGAUUGCCAAAGGAGACCAGGCAGAGGACAACGAGGCCGUAUAUCAAGGACUAGGUGGCGCAGGGCGAGGCUAUACUCGAGUUCAGCUUGACGAAGACGCUCAGUCUGCCACCAGUAUGGAUGAAGACACGAGCUAUCUUUUCCGAGAGACAGGCGACAAUCAAGCUGGCCUUGAAGGCGAGGAACUUCGUGAUUCUGUCAGCCAGCUCCAAGCCACCAAGGACCUUCUCAACGAGACGCAAAAGAUCGCCUACGUGGGCGUGGUUCGACUUGCAAUUUACGAGAUGAACCAAGAGGUGGUUAAAAUCCCUAUGACCAAGUCCAAGUCCACAAAAAAAACCAUCCAUAAGGCUGUGGAUGGCAUGCGAAAAUGGGGCCAGGCCAUGAUGGGCCGCUUAUAUAUGCAUAUGGAUAUCAGCUCCGCUGAGCAAAUCAUGAUUGAACAACUUGCCGAACACGGCGUGCAGCCUGGUGAUCUGAUCCGACCGUUGAUGCAAAAUGCUCGCGUCAAGAAUCCGAUGGCGGAGGAUGAACCGAAGACAUCUACAUCUUCUGUCUCGUCCCCGACAACGAAGAAUGAAGCUCGAUCAAGGUUCUCUACAGAGACCCAUGCAUCUGAACCCGGCUCUCCUCCGCCAUAUGAGGUCCACGAAGGCGAGGAACUCCCAGAGGUCCGGACGCCGUCCCAAUUGCCUACUUCUGAUCGAAUCGAUAUUGAUCUUCGAUGGACCGUUCUGUGUGAUUUGUUCCUUGUGCUUAUUGCUGACUCGGCUUACGACGCUCGGUCAAGAGUACUCCUAGAAAGAGUUGGAGCAGCCAUGGAUGUAACCUGGCUUCAGAUCUCCCGAUUUGAGAAGCGCGUUACAGAUGCCCUCGAAAUGCAAGAACAAGCAGAAAAGGAGACAUGGGAUGAGUCCGACCACAUGGAGAAGCGCCGGAAGAGAGCUCUCAAACGCCGGUAUAUGGUUAUGGGAUUAGCGACAGUCGGUGGUGGACUCGUUAUCGGUCUAUCUGCCGGUCUGUUAGCCCCUGUCAUUGGCGCUGGUCUUGCGGCCGGUUUGACGACCGUGGGAAUCUCCGGAACGAGCGCGUUCCUGGGAGGCGCUGGUGGAACGGCCAUGAUCGCCUCCACUGCCUCACUGAGCGGUAGUGUCAUCGGUAUGAGGGCCUCGAAGCGACGAACAGGCGCAGUUCAAACAUUUGAGUACCGUCCUUUACACAAUAACAAGAAGCUGAACCUUAUCGUCACGGUAUCCGGCUGGAUGACUGGUAAGGUUGACGAUGUUCGACUGCCGUACAGUACGGUGGAUCCAAUCAUGGGCGAUAUCUACUCUGUUUUGUGGGAGCCUGAGAUGCUUCGCAGCAUGGGUGACACGAUCAACAUUCUUGCAACAGAGGCAUUGACUCAGGGACUGCAACAAGUGCUUGGCAGUACCAUUUUGAUGGCUUUAGUGGCCUCUCUCCAGCUACCCUUGGUCCUUACUAAACUCGCCUACUUAAUUGACAACCCGUGGAACGUAUCGCUCGCCCGCGCCCAUGCUGCGGGUCUAGUUUUGGCCGAUUCUUUGAUAGAUCGAAACCUCGGACACCGACCCGUCACGUUGCUCGGCUUCUCCCUCGGUGCACGAGUCAUUUUCUCGUGCUUGAAGGAAUUAGCUGAAAGGGGUGCCCAUGGCCUUGUUCAAAAUGUGUAUCUGUUUGGAUCACCCGUCGUGGCGAACAAGGAUGACUACCUCAAGAUUCGCAGUGUGGUGGCUGGGCGAUUCGUGAAUGGGUUCUCCAAGAACGACUGGAUUCUUGGAUAUCUGUUCCGGGCUACCGGUGGUGGUAUAAUGCGGGUGUCCGGUCUGGCGCCAAUUGAGGGUAUUCCUGGCCUCGAGAACUACGACCUGACAGAUACGGUCAAUGGCCACAUGGACUACCGUGCUGCCAUGCCUCGUAUUCUGAAAGCGGUCGGCUGGGAAGUCCUUGAGGAUGAAUUUGCCGAAAUCGAAGAUCCAGACCCGGAUAACCACGUCGAGCGCCAGCGCGAGCUGAUUCGUGAGAUUGACGAAGCCCGCCGGCAGGCUGAGUUGAAACCCGAGAAGAAGCGUUUCGGUCUUUUCAAACGUGGCAGGAUGGCCGAGAAGAAGUCGUGGGAGACGUACGACGUUGACAGAAGCCCCGCGUCGCGUGACUCCAACGACCCAGCAAGUGCUCCGGGUUCUGUACUGUUCGAUAUUGAAGCCAUUCGAGCUGAAUUGGCAUCGGAGGCGAUCGAAGUGAAGCAGCUUGAGUCAACACUUCCUCCGAUGAAGCUUGAUUUGAAUCCUCCGACGGAGUCGACGCCUGCAACUCCAACCGAGAAGGAUUCAAAGAAUAUAAAGGAUUCGAAGGACUCGAAGGACUCGAAAGCUACCGAGUCCUCUUCUGCGGCUCGAACUGCAUCGGAGCCCCGGCUCAGUACGGGCCGCAUGUCCCCUUACGAUCCCAAGAAAUCGUCCCUGUUACCGAAAGACGAUCCGGUUGAAAUGACCUUUGAUACAUCCUUCCAUGAACCUCAACCUCGAUCUGAACACCCCGUCCGGCCAGAAUUACGGUCUUCUUCUACAUUGCCUACGAAUAUUGGCUCUACUGUCGGGGCCAUGGAUAUGGAGCCUAAUGCUUGGGCCGAUGAUGAGCAUGGGGAGAUUUCCAUGACGUUUGAAUAA